AUGCCCUCAAAGCAGGCAACAGCAGACGCUGCAGCUGCUGCAAAAGCAGCUAAGAAAGCUGCUAGCGCUAUCAAGCAGCUUGAAAAGGACGAAGAAGCCGUUCAACUACAGCUAAGGAAGGACGCUCGAGCUAUCGCUAAGACUGCACGAGAAUUACAGGCCGCUGCCAAACGCUCAUCAGGUAAAGCAGGCAAAGCUGCUACGCAGGCAGAGAGGCCCUAUAAAGCAGCAGAUAAAAUAGCACGUGCGAAGCAAACUACAGAGGCAGUUGCUGGGGCCCUACGAGCUAAGGAAACGGAACACGCCGCGCAGCAGCAAUUAGGUGCGCUUGAGCAUGCCGAGCAGCAGUUAGCUAUUGCUAAGCAGCGAGUUAGCGAGCUAGAUGCUGCUGCACGAGCUGCUAAGGCCGCUAAGCAGGCAAAGGGUGGUAGCAGUAGUGAUAAGGACGCGGUAGAGAGCCAUAGCAGCAUGGAGAGCAAGGACAACAACGUAUAACUACUCCACCAAGUUAUUUGCUAUACACGGAAGC